AUGCGCGUGCUGGCUGGCUUGGGCGCCUGCCUUGUAGCUUCAAUCGCACACGCAUCAGAGAAUACAUCGAAAACAAAGGCACAACAAGAAGAAUCAACAUCCGAAAUCUUGCGCCGCGGUGCAGACAUCGAAGCCCGUCUGGCGAAUGAACCCAUUAUCGGCAUUCGCAAGAUGAGCACUGAUCCCGGCGAGAAAUUCUUUCCGGAGUACUGGCAUUUUGGGGACUCCCUAGACGUACCAGGACAGAACGAUGGUCUUGCAGGGACAGAUCUCGCUCACUUCAAUACCACUGCUCGACGGGAGAAUCUUCUCGACACGGCCAGAUCUUCAUUUUCUCCGGCUCAAUUUCUAUCCCGGUCGUUUGCCUAUUCACCCUCUGUGGAGUCUGCGUUCGGACUGAAGAGGAGUCGAAUUCUCGACUCGAGGGAUUUCAAAUGUCCCGCAAACACGUAUUCCUGCACGAGCAUCGAUCGACCGGAUCGAUGCUGCAGUGUAGGAAGUGCCUGUGAGAUUGUCCCGGAUACCGGAGCUGGUGAUGUGGGAUGUUGUCCGAGUGGGCAGAGUUGCUCUGGUACGAUAGGUGCGUUUAUAUCAGUUGUCACGGUGACGGUGGGCGCCUCCGUGACCGUAUCAACUGUCACACAUUCAACAUCUCAGCAGACGAGUGAAACGACUUCGUCCACCUCUAUCUCCACUUCCAGCUCUACUUCCAGCUCAACCACCACCGUCAGAACAUCCACCAGUUCAACCGCAGCCUCAACGACCACCACAGAAAGCCUCAUUCCCCCAGCCCGCGGUACCAGCAUCACCAGCAUGACCAGUUCAGCAACAAGUCGCGUCUCCGUCUGUCCCACCGGCUUCUACGCCUGUUCCGCCGUCUACCACGGCGGCUGCUGCCAAACAGACCGGAAUUGCGACACGUUCUCCUGCCCAGCAAUCCCAUCUACAACCGUCACCUCCGACGGUCGAACAAUCAUCAUCCCCGUGGCGACGCCCACGGCCACAGUCCCAGAUGCACCGUCUGCCUCUGAACCUUCCGACUCAACAGGCGGUACCUCUAUAAGGAGCAUUCGCGUUGCCAACUACCUGAUUGGCCCCUUCGAAUCCGAGGAAGGAUUGAAAGAGUAUCUCAUCCGGCCAUCUUGGUCUGGUGGAUUCCCUUCUGAAUCAGCAUACAAGAAUGCCCUCGCUCGUGCCAAGGGGAUGGGCAAGAUGUCAUAUCCUAUUGUGUUUACCCAUGGCGAUAUCAAGCCGCAUAAUGUCCUUGUUACGGAGGGUCAGAUCACGGGCUUUCUUGACUGGGAAUCGGCCGGUUGGUACCCUGACUAUUGGGAUUUCACCACGGCGUUGAGAAUUGGAAUGGAGGACUUUUGGUGGUAUAACUUUGUGAUUGGUCUUGGUGGUGGUGCAUAUUUGGCGGAGUUGGAUUGUGAACGUGCAUUGACUAGUCUGACCGUUGAUUCGUAUUGUUGGUGA